AUGAAGCGUCUCAUGCUCGUCGGGCGCCGAGUGGUGAGCUGGAAGGAAGGCGGUCUCGGUCUCGGUCUCGGUCUCAGUCUCGGUCUCAGUCUUGGUCUCGGUCUCAGUCUCAGUCUCGGUCUCGGUCUCGGUCUCAGUCUCAGUCUCAGUCUCAGUCUCGGUCUCAGUCUCAGUCUCGCACCGCAGCCGCAGCCACGCACCCACACAACCGCAGCGCAACCAUAUUCAUCCGUCUAUGCUCCUCUUCUUGCAAGACGCGCUGCGAGACGAGCAGCCCCGUCCCGCGGACGCUCCCUCGCGCGCACGCGGCGCCGUUAUCUCAGCAACUCCCCGGACCGUGGACACAUCCUGACCGGGCGAGACUCCAAAAGCGCCGCCGCCACGCACGAUGCCUGUGCAUCUAAAAUGGGCAUGUAUUGA